AUGAAUGAUUCAACCAAUGUUAUAGAUGAUCUUGUUACUUUCAAACAAUGGAUGGACGAUGAAGGUAUCUAUUUGAAUCCAUCACUCGAUAUUGUAAAGCUUGAAGAUUAUGGUAGAUCUAUUAUAGCAAAUACUUUAAUUAAAGAAGGUGAUGUAUUGAUAAGAGUACCAAGAAAUGUAAUGAUGUCACGUACAGGUAUUGAAUUACAUAUCCCAAAAGAGAUAAGAUCGAUCAUUGAUUCCAAUAGAGAUGACAUUGGUAGUACCGAUGGUCAAGCAGUCUACUUGAUGUAUUCAUUACUCAAUAAAGACUCCUAUUGGCAUCAAUACACAUCGAUUCUACCAAAGCAGUUUACAACCUCCAUUUACUUUGAUCAAGAUGAAAUGAAGGAACUACAACUUUCGAAACUAAGAUAUUUCACCGAAUCAAGAUUAUCUGGUAUUGAAAGACAUUAUAAUGUUAUUUUUAAGAAACUAUCUUCAUUAAAUGAUGAGUUCAAAAAGAAAGAGUAUACUUUUGAAUUGUUUAAAUGGGCAUUGAGUUGUAUUUGGUCACGUGCAUUCAGUUUGAGUAGUGACGACGGUGGUAUGGUGCCAUUGGCAGAUAUGUUCAAUGCAAUCGAAAAGGCAAAGUCAAAGGUAAGACCGGAUUCAAGAGCAGAUCAAUUGAUAUACUAUGCGUCGAAGGAUAUUGAAAGAGGUGAGCAGGUAUUCACACCGUAUGGCGUGUACAAAACGAUUGGCAACGCUCAGAUGUUGAUGGAUUAUGGAUUUGCAUUUGACGAUCCAUCCGAAGGUGACACCAUUCAACUGACUCUCGAUAACUUUAGCGAUGACGAGCUUUAUAUAGAUACGAAAAUCGAUCUAUUGGAACAAUUGGAUAUUGUACGUGAAUUCAAUCUCAAACGAAAUCAACUACCUCAGGAGCUUCUCAUUUACGCAAGAGUAAAGAAUUUAAAGGAGAAUGAACUACAAUUGGCUAAAGAACACUAUCGUAACGAUGACAACCGAAACAAACCAGUCAGUCGAAGAAACGAAAAGACAGCACUUCGAUACCUUAGUAAUUAUCUCUCAAGAUAUCUCGACUCUUAUGAAACAACAUUAUCUGAUGACUUGGAAUUAUUAGAGAAAAACAAAGAAAAAAAGAUAACAUUAUCCUAUAACAUGUUGAAUAUCAUAAGAAUCAGAAAAGGUGAAAAAGAAAUAUUGAAACAAUUAAUUGAUUCAUUCGACAAAAUUAGAGAGCAUCUUUAA